AUGGCUGGAGAUGAUACUGGAUCAAAUGUUGGAUUGAAGGGGAAGGUUGCUACUGAACCUACCAUCGAAACCCCACAGGCUCACCCUUCAGAUAAAUUGAAGAUUGCAUUCCCAGACACCUUUCAUGGUGAUCGCAAGAAGCUUAAGAGCUUCAUCAUCCAGACGGAGCUAUGGAUGGCGUUUAACGCCAAACACUUCAACAAAGAAGUGGAACAGGUCCUAUGGGCUGUGGCACUCUUUCGAGGACCAGCCUCAGAAUGGAUCUCUAACUACCUCGCCGACUACAUGAACCAUCAAACACCCGACGGAAAAUGCAACACCUUAGCUAGCCAAGGAACGAAGGAAAUUUUUGUAUCCUGGAACGGAUUCGUCAAAACGCGCUCAAAGAUUUGGAGACUGUUGACUGUCGAAUACGAUGGCUGA